CACAUUUCCGGAAGUGACGUCCACCGACUGCAGCUGCAGCUUCGGGUCGGAGCUAUGGAGGUCCAGUUCUGAGGUGCUCGCAUCAGAUUUUAUUUUCCAGAGUCUGGAUUCCACAUCUCAGAAAGGCUGAACUGGUGUUGCUCCCCACUCUUCCACUUUCCAGGACUGAAGGUUUCGGUCACAGUGAGCCAGCUCCAAGGCAUAACGGCACGGUGUGUGGGCCUGCUGGGAGGAAGGCUGCUCACCACAAGUCUUCCAGGAGGGGAGAGGAGCUCUAGGAAGCAGGAGAGGAGGUCUUGGUCUGAAGCAGUGUCCACACCUCACAGCAGUGGAGGUCGCCUGACAGUGCCAGGAGUCAAGGCAUCUGAGUCCUCAUCUUGAAGCUCUUGCUGUCCCCAAGGAACGUGAGAACACCUUCAUCAUAAGAAGAGCCACGCGUCAAGCUAGAGAAGCCUUCCAGGCCAAAGAGGGACACAAAGACUAGUGGGUGUGUGGGUGCUCUAGUCUGAGGGAGAGCAAGUAGCUGCCACUGCUUUCUCUGCAUCCUCUUCCUGCUGUACCGAAUCCCAGGCACACCAGCAGAAGGACCUGGGACCAGGACACCAAGUCCUCAGGUUUCUCAGCUCUUCUCCUUUACCCUCAUUGCCAUGGCCUCUAAUUACAAUGGCCAGUCUGGCCAAGGCCCCAGCAAGGAACAUGAGGAGCGUCCAUGCCCCUCACAGGACCAGGAAGGUCCUCAGGCCUUGCCCCUUGAGGUCUUACACAAGAAAAUAGAUGCCUUGGUGGAUUUCUUGCUCUACAAGUAUAGCAAUAAGGAGCUGACCACCAAGGCAGAAAUGCUGUACUUCUGCAUGCAGGAUUACCCAGAGCACUUUUCUGUGAUCUUCAACAAAGUCUCUGAUUGCUUAUAUAUGGUCUUUGGCAUUGAUAUCAAGGAAGUGGAUCCCCCUGGGGAUGUAUAUGCCCUUCUGCCUGUCCUAGGCCUCACCUAUAAUGAGAUAGUGGGUGAUGACCACAGCAUUGCUAAAACCAGCCUCUUGAUAAUGAUUAUCACUGUUAUCUUCCGCACGGGCAACUGUGCCAGUGAAGAGGUUGUCUGGCUUGCACUCAAUAGAAUGCAGGUGUAUGAUGGGGUACAGCACUUGAUCUAUGGGGAUCCUAGGAAAUUCAUCACCGAGGAUUUGGUGCAGGAAGGGUAUCUAGAGUAUCGGCAGGUGCCCAAUAGUGAUCCUCCUUGCUAUGAGUUCCUGUGGGGUCCAAGGACCCACGCUGAAACCACCAAGAUGAAAGUGCUGGAGCAUUUGGCCAAGGUUAAUAGGAGAGAUCCUUGGUCCUACCCUCUUCUGUAUGAAGAGGCUUUGAGAGAUCAGCAAGAGGCCGCCCAUGCACGAGGUGUGGGCCUCUGAGGAGGCAAGGUAUAGGCAGGGACAGGGCAUGUUCAGAAGCUACGUCAUCAGCUUCGCCCCUGCCCAUGUAAAAUGAUGCCCAUUCUUCAGUCUGUGUUUGAGGACAGCAGCAGGCCUUCUCAGGAGUGAAGGGCCAGGGUAGUGGGGAAACCCUGGGAAUAUUUUCUUGAUGUUUGUUCUAUUUGUGUUACAUGAAAAUUGACAGUUUAUUUCUUGAAAAUUGAAGGGGUUUACAUAUUUCAUUUGAAGAAUGGUAUUGAUCUCACAUCUAUUUUUGCUAUUGUUACAUCAUUUGUCCACAUUUAUUUUGAUGAAAUUGUGCUUUUCUGUGGUAUUGAGCAAAUGGAUUUUGCUUUUCGUUUCCAAGAGUAAGAGUCUUUGCUGUUUUGUAAAACCAACUAGGAAACCUUUUGCUUUUUUGUGAUAUGAAACAUACCAUAGCACUGAAGUGGGAAUUUCUUUGAAAUGUGUAAGAACUGUUAAGAUAAAUGGAGUUGAGAAAUUAAGACAUAAAGAUAAAUUUCAAUUUGUGACUUUUCCAUGUUUUCCAGUUAUUAUAAACUAUUGAAAAAUAAAUGU